GCCUAUAAAUAUCCCUCAAGCCCUCCCGCUAGACUCCACAUGAUUCAAAAAUUCCCGAAAUUCUCAAGCUCUCUCCGUUCGUUCGAGAUCUGAUCGUUUUCCAAGUUCGCGAAGAUGGUUGUUGCUCAGAAGGUGAAGGAAGCGGAGAUCACAGAGCAAGAUUCGCUGCUUCUAACAAGAAAUCUGCUCCGGAUUGCAAUUUUCAACAUCAGUUACAUCCGCGGGCUUUUUCCCGAGAAUUAUUUUACCGACAAGUCUGUUCCUGCCUUAGAGAUGAAGAUUAAGAAGCUAAUGCCCAUGGAUCCAGAGUCUCGGAGGCUAAUCGACUGGAUGGAGCAAGGUGUAUAUGAUGCACUGCAGAAGAAGUAUCUGAAGGCACUUCUGUUCUGUAUCUGUGAGGAAUUAGAAGGUCCGAUGAUUGAGGAAUAUGCAUUCUCUUUUAGUUACUCAAAUUCAAACAGCGAAGAAGUAUCCAUGAAUGUGAAUCGGAGUGGAAACAAGAAGAACGGGGUUAACUUCAAGUCUAAUUCCAUGGACAUCACCCCAGAUCAAAUGAGGAGCUCUGCUUGCAAGAUGGUUCGUACUCUAGUUCAGCUAAUGAGGACGCUGGACCAAAUGCCAGAGGAGAGGACUAUUGUGAUGAAGCUCCUGUACUAUGAUGAUAUCACGCCAGGGGACUAUGAACCCCCAUUCUUCAGAGGCUGCUCUGAGAGCGAAGCUCCUAGUAACUGGACUAAGAAUCCUUUAAAGAUGGAGGUUGGGAAUGUCAACAGCAAGCACUUUGUGUUAGCUCUGAAGGUCAAGAGUGUCCUUGAUCCAUGUGAGGAUGAAAAUGGCGGUGCCCCUGAAGAUGAGGUGAGUUUGGGAGCUGAUUCAGUACAAGAGGAUGAUUCUUCAUCCUCUGACGGCGAGAUCCGUCCAUCCUUUGCAGACCAAUUUGUUGUGGCUCCAAUCGCUGGUGAAAAGCGCUCUACUGAAGACAAUGCCAUGGCUUCUGAUGAUGAUACUCAAGAUGAAGUACAUGAAGAAGAACUAACAUCACGAGUAAAGGAAUGGAUAAAAUCCAGGCACGUCAACACUGUUGACCUAGCUGAUGUUCUCUCAAAUUUCCCAGAUAUGUCGGUGGCAUUAACUGAAGAUAUCAUGGAACAAGGAAAAGUUUUUAAUCUCUCUCUCUUUUCUAUUAUUAAAAGACUUAACUUCCACAAAAGCAACUCUCAGGUCUGUGAUGUGAAGCAAGAGGUUGAAAUGCAAGAUGUCAGGCAAACUGAGAAAAUUAACAGAAGUCCUGAUCUUGAUUUCAUGUACAUAAAGGCUCUGUAUUAUGCUCUUCCAAUGGAUUAUGUGACAGUAGCGAAGCUUCAGAAUAAGCUAGAUGGAGAGGCUAAACAGAAUACCGUUCGAAAAUUGAUCGACAAGAUGGCUCAGGAUGGAUACUUGAAAAGCUCAGGCAACAAGAGAUUGGGUAGGCGUGUUGUUCACUCUGAAUCCACCAACAAAAAGCUCAUUGAAGUCAAAAAGAUUAUAGAGGGCCAACCUAUGCAGGAAAUAGAUACCAAAGGGCAGCCUUUUGAUUUCAUCCCUGCAGAUCUCCCUCCCAGGGAUCACAAUGUUAACGGGUCUACAUGUGGCGGCCUCCACUCAAUUGGAUCUGACAUGACACGUACCCGAGGUCGCUCAGAAGCUUACCAGAACGGAUCCAUUCAGAACGGGCAAUCAGCUCAUCAUACUCCAACUAGCAAGGCAGGGCCCAUUGCUUCAGUUGAGAGUGGAGUAGCUGGAAAAGAUGGCAGAGUGAGGGUCUUGAACGGGGGUGACGAUUCUAACUCUACGCAAGACAAGCGCUCGCGAAAAUCUAGCAUGGUCAAAGAGCCAAUUCUACAGUAUGUUGUUAAGCGUCAGAAAUCUCAGGCUUAGGGGGAGGUGGGUACGCUUAUUUGCAGAGCUACAAUUCUACAGAAAUGGGCUUAAGGAAUAUACAUUUUUUUUUGCUUGUUCAUACAAUGCGUAGAUAUAUCUCUCCUGCAGAGAGAUCUAGCGCAGUGUAAAUUGAGAGCUUCUUCUCUUCUUUGUCACGGGUUUUUAUGAUGAUCAAGGAAAUACAUACAUAAUAUAGUAUUAAUCCAUGU